CGAGCCAAAGAAAAGAAGGAAUUUAUUCUUUUCUUUUUUCAAUUUUUUUCUUUUUCUAAUCCGUCCAUUUGAAUCCAUUCUUGAACUUGAAUCCGUUUGUUGAAGAAUUUGGCUCCGGGAAGAAGCGAUUGAUCUCUCUCCACCGAUUUGGAGUUUUUGGAUGUGAUUACUGCCUGGUGCUCUGUUUUUGGCCUUUCCUCUGUUAUUCUUUGCUUCGAUUGCUCGCUCGCUCGCUAUCGCUCCCGCCGCUCUCUCCCUCUCGCUCUCUCCCUCGCUGACAGUGGGAAGAAAGAGUGAUCAAUCCCACGGGUUUUUCGAGCGUCCGAAAAGAGAAAAGAAACAAGACAAAGCAAAAAUAUUUCUCUCCUAUUUUUUUUUUGCGCCUCCUCGGCCAUGGCUGAUCUUGCGCUGCUCGUCCUUGGCUCCGCGAUGCUACUCCUGCUCGCUCUGCUCAAGCUCGCCCGCCGCUCCUAUGCCCUGGGCCGAUUGCCACUGCCGCCGGGCACCAUGGGAUGGCCCUACCUGGGCGAGACUCUCCAGCUCUACUCGCAGAAUCCCAAUGCCUUCUUCAGCUCCAAGCAAAAGAGGUAUGGCGACAUCUUCAAGACUCACAUUCUGGGCUGCCCAUCGGUGAUGAUCGCGAGCCCCGAGGCUGCCAAAUUCAUCCUGGUCAGCCACGCUCACCUCUUCAAGACCACCUUUCCAUCGAGCAAGGAAGGGAUAAUUGGGCCGCACGCCCUCUUCUUCCACGAGGGAGAGUACCACCGCCGCCUCCGCCGCCUCGUCCAAGGAUGCUUUGGCCCGGAUGUGAUCCGCGAUCUGGUCCCCGAGCUGGAAACCAUCUCAAUCCAGGCACUGGAUUCAUUGGAUCGCGCCGGAGGCAUCAUCAACACAUUCCAGGAGAUGAAAAAAUACGCAUUCGAUGUUGGCGUGCUCAAGAUCUUUGGCGGUUCCCUGGACGAGCUGGACAAGGAGGACCUCAAGCGCGCCUACCAGACGCUAGAACGCGGCUACAACUCAUUCCCGAUUGACAUCGCUGGCACCCCUUACAAUGCCGCCAUGAAGGCCAGGAAGCGCUUGAGCUCCAUCGUCAGCCGCAUCAUCUUGGACCGUAGGCGGCAGCAGAAGCAAGCAGACAAUGGGCGCUGCAAGGAUUUCCUGUCAACUCUCAUGGAAUCCCAGGACGACAGCUGCAAGAACCUGACCGACGAUCAGAUCGCCGACAACGUGAUCGGUGUCAUCUUCGCGGCCCAGGACACCACCGCCAGCGUCCUCACUUGGCUCCUCAAGUAUCUCAAGGAGAACCCCGCGCUCCUCGACUCUGUCACGGCCGAGCAUGAGAACAUAAGGCGAAGCAAGCCCGAGGGUGCCAAAGGCUUGACGUGGGCUGACACCAAAAACAUGCCCUUGACUUCGAGAGUAAGUCGUCGAGCUUGUAGUAGUGAUCGUUUUUGCUUGCGGUUCUCUUGGUCGCUUACACGUUUCCCUUUGACACCGCAGGUAAUUCAAGAGACAAUGCGGCUGGCGACGAUCCUCUCGUUUACUUUCAGAGAGGCGGUACAAGACGUGGAAUACAACGGAUACGUGAUUCCCAAGGGCUGGAAAGUGAUGCCUCUGUUCAGAAACAUCCAUCACAGCCCCGAGUUUUUCCUGGAGCCGCAGAAGUUCGACCCCUCCAGAUUCGAGGAGCAUCCCAAGCCCAAUACGUUCAUGCCUUUCGGCAAUGGAAUCCACUCAUGCCCCGGACGGGAGCUGGCGAAGCUGGAAAUGCUCGUCCUGGUGCACAACAUUACCACACAGUUCAGAUGGGAGUUUGCAGGGCCAACAGAGGGCGUACAAUACGGUCCCUUCCCUGUACCGAAGGCAGGACUUCCAAUAUCCAUUACACGCAAGAGCGAGAGCUGAGAAGAAACAAACUUUAGCUGACUUUUACCUCUCCCAUCGCGCGGUUGACACCCACAACGGAGACAGCUGACACUAAAUAUAUAUUCCCGCGGUCCAAGUCACGGUGCUGUGGUGUUCCUGCCUGGACGGAAACGAAUCUCGCGUCUCCCUCCUCCCAUGGGCAGCACAGCAGAGGGGGGCCUUCUCAGAAACCGGAAAAAACGAAAAAAAGUUAGAGAGCAACCACCAGGCCGAUUGAUUGAUUGACACUUACAAAAGCUUGAAAGCUGCCGAUGCUUGGCUGCUGCUUGCGGGGAUGAAAGGAGAGGUUGAACAGCUCGAAUUGUUCUUGUACCAAACGCUUCUUGGGGAAUAUGAAAAAUUCUUUUUUGA